AUGGCUCAGCAGAUGCUGUUGGCGCAGAAACCUGCCAAGGUUGCACGCCCCAUCUCUUCUAUAGGACUCCUGCGUUCGACACAACUGCACUUGUGUCACUUGGACGAGAUCGUUCGUAAGGCCAUUGCCAGUGGUAUAAACUUGAAGAGUGUUAAGGGACUUAGUGAUGGUGCUUCUUAUGCUGUUAUCGAUGCAUCAACAAAUCCUCAUGCUGCUGUACUUCUCCAAGGUGUCGCUGCUCACUUGGCACUAUACAACUUCUCGUUCAAAACAUCACCUCCAUCGGCGUUCGACCCAUGGGGCACGGCUGGCGUGCAGAAUAUUUUUAAAAAAACUCCACAAAUACCGAGUUUGCCGACUGGGAUCAUGAACCUGUCAAGAACAUUAAUGGAAUUGCCCGUGAAUAUGAUGACACGUACUGCGUUCUGCGAGCGCGCCAAAACAGAGUUUAUCGGUAUCCCUAACGUGGAGAUCAUUGUUCGUAACGAAGCCUGCGAGGUUCCUCUAGAUUAUCUUUUACAGUUUGAUGGUUGUAAAAGUCACUACAAGGACGCCUGUUCAAAAGACGCACAACCUCUUGCUUUCGUGGGCAAGGGCAUCUCUUUCGGCAUCGGAGGAACCAGAUUGAAACCUUCAGCACUAAGACCAUCGCUCUUCAACUGGAAGGACAUGAAGCUGAUGCGCGGCGACAUGGGCAUAAUCCGAACUGAGCUUGAAAUCGUAUCAUCUCUACUCGCGAUCGCUCAGCUUCAACUCCCAAUCAAUCUUGUCACCGUCACUCCAAUUUGUGAAAACUUGCCCGGCCCCAAAGCCAUCAAGCCAGACGAUGUAAUCUACGCUAUAAUGAUCAAUCCACCAUGGGUGCGACUUCUCAUUGAUGUUUUCCGACAACCCCUCUUCGCCUCCCGGUACCCAUUCCAAGGGAGAUCAACAAACGUGACCAGUAAAACGAGCAAAGAACUGACGUUCAGCAUGCGUAUUCAGGAGGGAGCUGCAGUGGUAUCUGGGGUUGGAUUUGAGGAGUUGCUGAGGAAGACACUGCCGGCGUAUCCAGUUCCGGAACUAGAGAUGGAGACAAGACCGUCGGCAAUGAUGGUCGCUUUUGAUGGGGAUGAAGGAGGACGCGGCAUCCCACCUAAAUUCGAGAUCAGGACGCAAGCCUCGCAAAUAUGCCGAGUUCUAACCCGUGCUGCCAGAUCACUGUUAUCGGAGGGCCUCUCGUCGUACCUCACGUUUGUCCAGACUCGAGGCGUGCAAGGUGUACAAAGAAGGGUAUCGACUGUGGGAACAGCACAGCUGUCAAUCGCACACUUGGUCUUUGGAGGUCUAACAAAAGUCCAAACCGGUGCUGUGGAGACUGCGGCAUCUAUUCGUGACGCGUUAUUUUCCAGGUUGACUGGUGCUCUGAAGGGACCAUCGACCUUAUUCUUAUUCCCCUUGCAUUUAGAAGUUUUUUUGGGAGUACUUGAAGAGUUCGGAUGGGUCAAUUUCGGUUUCUUUGGUGACCGAGAGUUUGAAGAAGUUGUUAUAGGUUGGCUGGAUCUUGAAGCUACUAUCAUCUUGGAGGGUGGCGCCGGAGGGGUCUUGGACAUUCCGGAUAUUGGUGGGGAUACAGAGGUAAAUGACGCGGGCAAUGCGGCAGAGUGGAGGAUUAGCGUCUCACCGCCGCUACGAUGA